ACCUAUAAGUCUGGUAGGCUUUUCUAAUCUCUAUUUGACAAAAUAUUCCUGAAGAAUGGCAAAUCUGAUGUCUCUACUGCUUCUGGGUCUGUUCUGCUCAGUUCAUCUGACCUCAAGUGGUCCUGCGGCACUUGAUUCUGCUAAAUCAACAUGCUGUCCAAAAAACAUUCCUAAUAAGCCGAUUCCUUUGAAGAAGAUCGUGUCUGUUUACUGGACCAGUAGCAGUUGUCCCACAAAACGUGUUGUGUUUCGGUCAAUUAAAGGCAAGGAGAUUUGUGCAGAUCCAGAAAAAGCCUGGGUGAACAGCCAUAUUAUUAAAGUGAACAAGAAAAGAACUACACAAACAGCAAAUACUCUAGGGACGGGUCUGACAGACUAAAUAAAAUGUGGUGAAAUGUACAUGAUUGAAUAUUAUUUAAUAUUUUGCCCUCUUGUUUAUAUUAUGAUGGUGCACAUUAAGUACCGUAUAUAGGCUAUACAGUAUUCAUUUAAAAAUAUAUUUUUUUUAUUCCGUUUUUGUAUUUUUUGUAUUUAAAUGAUCUCACACACUAGCUGUUUUAAACCACCACGUUGUACCCAUUUUGUCAUUUACUUUGUAAAUAAAUGC